ACUCCUCUAGGUUUAUUGCUCCUGUUGAGUGAGAAAGGCGAAAGCUCUCAGUGAAAGUUGAGAGUUCGAAAGAGUCGGGUCGUCUUGACAUCUAGAAAAUAUUGUUGGAAAAAAAAACGAACUAGCUCUACAUAACGAAUAACAAUGUCUUGCCCGUUUUUGAGUAAGUUUUCUGCAAAUUACAUAAAAACUUAUUGGUUCCACUUGAUGAAAAUGUACGGCCAGAAUUGUCCGGUCUUUUCUCACAGAUCGAGUGUCACCUACUCGGGAGAUGUAGCCAAGUGUCCGUUUCUGGCGAAGAGCCAGGAGUCCUUGGUCAAAGAGGCGAACCCCGCCAUGCAAGAGGACGUGAUAAAUUUGGCCAAGGAUGAUAAAAAAACGGAGCCCGCCGAGCCGUUCCCGUACCAGAAUUUUUUCCACGAUCAGAUCAUGAAGAAGAAGAAGGACCAUUCUUACAGGGUGUUCAAAAAGAUCAAUAGAAACGCCACCUGUUUCCCCAAGGCUACGGAGUCCACUUGGGGCGAGAGGCUGAUCACUGUAUGGUGUGCUAAUGAUUACUUGGGCAUGUCUUGUCAUCCGAGGGUGAAAGAGGCUGUUCGCAAUGCGGUCGAUACAUUUGGUGCGGGUGCUGGUGGGACGAGGAACAUCUCUGGCAAUUCUGUCCUACAUGAGACCUUGGAGAAUAAUCUUGCCGUUCUUCAUAAAAAGGAACGAGCUCUUCUUUUCACUUCUUGUUUUGUCGCGAAUGAUUCCACAUUAUUCACAUUAGGGAAAACUAUCCCAAAUCUGCAUUUCUUUUCCGACGAAGGCAAUCAUGCAUCUAUGAUUCAAGGCAUAAGAAACAGCAGGUCUCCUAAAUUCAUAUUCCGCCACAACGAUUCAUCUCAUUUGAACGAACAACUGCAGAAAGUAGAUAAAUCCGUGCCCAAAAUCGUUGCGUUUGAGACAGUUCAUUCCAUGACUGGUGCGAUCUGCCCUUUGAAAGAAUUAUGCAAUAUCACUCACGAUCAUGGUGGUUUGACUUUUAUCGAUGAAGUUCAUGCAGUUGGCUUGUAUGGAGAGAACGGGGCUGGUAUAGGAGAAAGGGACAAUCUCCUUGAUGAAAUGGAUAUUAUUUCUGGCACUCUUGGAAAAGCGUUUGGAAAUAUUGGAGGCUAUGUUGCCUCUUCGGAAAAACUAAUAGACAUGAUUAGAAGCUAUGCCGCUGGAUUUAUCUUUACUACUUCUUUACCUCCUACAGUUUUGGCAGGGGCAAUAGCCUCGAUUUCAAUUUUGUCUUCAGAUGAAGGAAGGCAGCUGAGAGCGAAGCACAAGGAAAAUGUUGACUACCUGAGAAAUAGGCUGGUGGAGCAGGGCUUUCCAGUUGAAAUGACAAGCUCUCAUAUUAUCCCGAUCCACAUCGGAGACCCAUACAUCUGCUCAAAGCUCUCUGACACUUUGCUCAGACAGAAAGGUCACUAUGUCCAAGCGAUAAAUUAUCCCACCGUGCCGAAAGGCGAAGAGAAACUCAGGCUCGCUCCAACACCGUUCCAUUCCCAAAACAUGAUAGACAAUUUUGUCAAAGAUCUAGCUGAAAUAUGGCACCAGCUCGGGCUGUUUCAUGUGUCAUGCGAUCAUUGCAAUAGGAGCCUGAGGCGGUCUUGUAGAGAAGAAGUGUGUACUCUUCCAGACUGCCCUCAGACAUUAUUUGUUCAGUAAAUUUACAUAAGGUACAAAAUAAUUAAUAUAUAUAAUAUUAUAGUAUUAAUUGUAAUACCUGACGACUACUGUUUUUUCCUCCAAAAUAUUGUAUAAUGUGAUUACAUCAAUUGUUACCUUGUACUAGUAAUUUAGUUUUAUUUUGAUUUGCUGAUCAUUAUAUCCUAUCUAAAGGUUUGAACUUAACCUUGUUAAACAAUAAUUAUAAAAUAAUUGUUUGUAUGUUUGAUUUCCUGGAUAUCAUAACUUAAUAGGGCAAUAUAUCUGCAGAUAUAUAAAUAAAAUGUAUAGCCCUAUUAAGUUAUAUCCAAAAAUGCAACAUAAUAGCCUCUUAAAUGUUUUCCAUUUACUACUUACUACAUUAUCAGUAAUUAAUAUAAUUAUUAUGUUCAGAGUUCUUAAUUUUAUCCAGUCAUUUUGAAUUUUAGCACAAGCAGUUCAAUUUAUAAUAAUUAAUAUAAUAUUGAUUGAUUUGUACUUACUUGAUACACAAAUUAUUUACAUUUAUGUUCAAGUAAUUUUAAAAUGUGACCAGCCAUUUCCAUAAAAAGUUCAUAAAUGAGAUGAGUUGAAUAUUGCAAAUCCUUUGGUACUGUAUAUUUGUGUAAUAUGGUUAAAAAAAAUCACUAUUGAUAAUUUAACGUAUUCCAAAUCAUUAAUUAAUAAAUGCUUAACAAUUUGAUGAAAUGUAUAAAUUUUGAGUUUUGAGAUAUUUGUUCUGUAUUUGUGAGGCCAAAAAAAUAUUUAUUACAUUAUUAUUACAUAUAUUUUUAUAUAUAUGAACUCACUAAGAAAAUAUUUAAACGUAUUUACUUUAACAUAUUUAAAGUAAAUAUAUUGUAUGAUUUUGAUACAAUAUGAAGAAUAAUGGGUGUUUCUUCUGGCUGUUAGUUAUGUUCAAGCCUUAAACUCACUGCCUUUCUGUUCCACAAUGUUGUUAAUAUAUGCCAAAAUGUUUCCUCCAAGAAACUGUUGGUACUUAUUUAGUUACCAUUAUUGUUUGAUGGUUGUGGUGCAUUAGUAUUACGGUGAUGGCCAUUAAAUAUAUUGUUGAAUUCAUAUGGAUAUAUUUUAUUAUUAUUGUUGUUAUUGUUGUAGUUGCUUUAAGAAAAGUUAACGUAUAAUAAAAUAACAUUACCCAACAA